GCGCUCGCCACCCUCCGCCUCAGACUGUUUUGGUAGCAACGGCAACGGCGGCGGCGCGUUCCGGCCCGGCUCCCGGCAGUUCCUCGGUUUCGGCGGGCCCCCCCGCCCCUUCGUCGUGCUCCUUCUCCCCGUCGCGGGCCCGGGCGCCCUCCCGGCCGCGCCAACCCGCGCCUCCCCGUUCGGCGCCCGCGCGUCCCCGCCGCGCUCCGGCGUCUCCUCGGCGCGCCCGGCUCCCGGCUGUUCCCGCCCGGCGUGCGGGCCGGUGUAUGGGCCCCGCACCAUGUCGCUGAAGCCCCAGCAGCAGCAGCAGCCGUCCGCGGCCGCCAAUGCCCGCAAGCCCGGUGGCGGCGGCCUUCUCACGUCGCCCGCCGCCCCGCCGUCCUCGCCCUCGGUCUCGUCCUCGGCCCCGGCUUCCUCCUCCUCCUCGGCGGCGGCGGCGGCGAGCGCAGGCAGCGGGCGGCCCGGCCUGGGCAGAGGCCGAAACAACAAGGGACUGCCUCAGUCUACGAUUUCUUUUGAUGGAAUCUAUGCAAAUAUGAGGAUGGUUCAUAUACUUACAUCAGUUGUUGGAUCCAAAUGUGAAGUACAAGUGAAAAAUGGAGGUAUAUAUGAAGGAGUUUUUAAAACAUACAGUCCUAAGUGUGAUUUGGUCCUUGAUGCUGCACAUGAGAAAAGUACAGAAUCCAGUUCAGGGCCAAAGCGUGAAGAAAUAAUGGAGAGUAUUUUGUUUAAGUGUUCAGACUUCGUUGUGGUACAAUUUAAAGAUAUGGACUCCAGUUAUGCAAGAAGAGUUGCUUCAGAAACAGAUGCUUUUACUGACUCAGCUAUCAGUGCUAAAGUGAACGGUGAGCACAAAGAGAAGGACCUGGAGCCCUGGGAUGCUGGGGAGCUCACUGCCAGUGAGGAGCUCGAAGCUUUGGAAAACGACGUCUCUAAUGGAUGGGAUCCCAAUGAUAUGUUUCGAUAUAAUGAAGAAAAUUAUGGUGUAGUGUCUACAUAUGAUAGCAGUUUAUCUUCGUAUACGGUGCCCUUAGAAAGGGAUAAUUCAGAAGAAUUUUUAAAACGAGAAGCAAGAGCAAACCAAUUAGCAGAAGAAAUUGAAUCAAGUGCCCAGUACAAAGCCCGGGUAGCCCUGGAAAAUGAUGAUAGGAGCGAAGAAGAAAAAUACACAGCAGUUCAGAGAAAUUCCAGUGAACGUGAGAGUCACAGCAUAAACACUAGGGAAAAUAAAUAUAUUCCUCCUGGACAAAGAAAUAGAGAAGUCAUGUCCUGGGGAAGUGGGCGACAGAAUUCACCGCGUAUGGGCCAGCCUGGACCAAGCUCCAUGGCAUCAAGAUCCACUUCUCACACAUCAGAUUUCAACCCGAAUUCUGGUUCAGACCAAAGAGUAGUUAAUGGAGGUGUUCCCUGGCCAUCGCCUUGCCCAUCUCCUUCCUCUCGCCCACCUUCUCGCUACCAGUCAGGUCCCAACUCUCUUCCACCUCGGGCAGCCACCCCUACACGGCCGCCCUCCAGGCCCCCCUCGCGGCCAUCCAGACCCCCGUCUCACCCCUCUGCUCAUGGUUCUCCAGCUCCUGUCUCUACUAUGCCUAAACGCAUGUCUUCAGAAGGGCCUCCAAGGAUGUCCCCAAAGGCCCAGCGACACCCUCGAAAUCACAGAGUUUCUGCUGGAAGGGGUUCCAUUUCCAGUGGACUAGAAUUUGUAUCCCAUACUCCACCAAGUGAAGCAGUGGCUCCUCCCACAGCAAGGACCAGUCCAGCGGGGGGCACGUGGUCAUCUGUGGUCAGCGGGGUUCCAAGAUUAUCCCCCAAAACUCACAGACCCAGGUCUCCCAGACAGAACAGUAUUGGAAAUACUCCUAGUGGACCAGUUCUUGCUUCUCCCCAAGCUGGUAUUAUUCCCACGGAAGCUGUUGCUAUGCCUGUUCCAGCUGCAUCUCCCACGCCUGCCAGUCCUGCAUCUAACAGAGCUGUCACCCCGUCUAUUGAGGCUAAGGAUUCCAGGCUUCAAGAUCAGAGGCAGAACUCUCCUGCAGGGAAUAAGGAAAACAUGAAGCCCAAUGAGACAUCACCCAGCUUCUCAAAAGUUGAAAAUAAAGGUAUAUCACCAGUUGUUUCCGAGCAUAGAAAACAGAUUGAUGACUUAAAGAAAUUUAAGAAUGAUUUUAGGUUACAGCCAAGUUCUACUUCUGAAUCUGUGGAUCAACUGCUAAACAAAAAUAGAGAGGGAGAAAAAUCAAGAGAUUUGAUCAAAGACAAAAUUGAACCAAAUGCUAAGGAUUCUUUCAUUGAAAAUAACAGCAGCAACUGCACCAGUGGCAGCAGCAAGCCGAGCAGCCCCAGCGUUUCCCCCUCGGUCCUCAGUCACACGGAGCACAGGAGGGGUCCUGAGGUCACCUCCCAAGGAGUGCAGACGUCCAGCCCCGGGUGUAAACCAGAGAAAGAUGAUAAAGAGGAGAAAAAAGACGCAGCUGAGCAAGUGAGGAAAUCAACAUUGAAUCCCAACGCAAAGGAAUUCAACCCUCGUUCUUUUUCUCAGCCAAAGCCUUCUACCACCCCAACUUCGCCUCGUCCUCAAGCACAACCUAGCCCGUCCAUGGUGGGUCAUCAACAGCCAACUCCAGUUUAUACUCAGCCUGUUUGUUUUGCACCAAAUAUGAUGUAUCCAGUCCCAGUGAGCCCAGGCGUGCAACCAUUAUACCCUAUACCUAUGACGCCCAUGCCAGUGAAUCAAGCCAAGACAUAUAGAGCAGGUAAAGUACCAAAUAUGCCCCAGCAGCGGCAAGACCAGCAUCAUCAGAGCACCAUGAUGCACCCCGCCUCAGCGGCAGGCCCGCCAAUUGUGGCCACCCCACCAGCGUAUUCCACACAAUACGUUGCCUAUAGUCCUCAGCAGUUUCCAAAUCAGCCUCUUGUUCAGCACGUGCCCCAUUAUCAGUCUCAGCACCCUCAUGUCUACAGCCCUGUGAUACAGGGCAGUGCCAGGAUGAUGGCCCCAGCGGCCCACGCCCAGCCGGGCCUCGUGUCUUCCUCAGCCGCUCAGUAUGGGGCUCACGAGCAGACGCAUGCGAUGUAUGCAUGUCCCAAAUUACCAUACAACAAGGAGACAAGCCCUUCUUUCUACUUUGCCAUUUCCACUGGCUCCCUUGCUCAGCAGUAUGCGCACCCUAAUGCUACCCUGCACCCACAUACUCCACAUCCUCAGCCUUCAGCCACCCCCACUGGACAGCAGCAAAGCCAACAUGGUGGAAGUCACCCUGCACCCAGUCCCGUCCAGCACCAUCAGCACCAAGCCGCCCAGGCUCUCCACCUGGCGGGUCCGCAGCAGCAGUCAGCCAUUUACCACGCGGGGCUCGCACCAACCCCGCCGUCCAUGACACCUGCUUCCAACACGCAGUCGCCACAGAACAGUUUCCCAGCAGCACAGCAGACAGUCUUCACAAUCCACCCUUCUCACGUCCAGCCGGCAUACACCAACCCGCCCCACAUGGCCCACGUACCUCAGUUCUGGUUCAAGGUAUCUCUAGGAAAAGACAAGACUGAGAUAUUCUCUUUGGUGGAUAGAGGUCCGCUUCAGAAGGAGGAAGGCUGGCCAGAGUUGGGCAGCAUUGAAACUCCACACCCUCAGCCUGACGCUGAUUCUAAAUGAUCAGAGGCAGAAGAUUUAUACCAGAUAAAGCCAUAUGGAUUGCUGGUCUAAAAUUCAAGGCAGGUUAGUUGACUUAAUUCUUUGGUGCUGGUGACUGUUAGUUUGUAAAAGUUCGUUAAAGUCAGAUUCAGGAGGUGACGGUGCUGAGAGCAGUCCCCUGGCUGUUGUCUGGUUGGAGAGAACUGCAGCGGUCGCAGUACUUACUGUCCCUUUGGCACUCACAGCCCGGCUUUCCGUGGAGGUGCUGGCUUGGCCUCUUGAGGCCAGCGUUGGUCACAUCAGGACUGGAAGGAGGGUGGCAUGUGGGCUAGCUGCGGCCAGCAGGGUCACUGUGAGGGAUCAGCCCAGGGACCCACUGCUCCCUCUUCUCCAGCUCUGCCUGUUCUGGCAGAAAGGAGAGGCCUGGCUUAGGGUCACUCCUUCCCAGCUGAGGCGGGGCUUUCUGUCGGGAUGUAUUUGAGGUGUCCUGGUAACUCAGACACAUUUGGAAAGGAAAUAUUUUCCUUGAACAUUUAUACUGGAGCAGCCUGGAGCGGUGACUUCCAGCUCUGUUAGAAUCUGAGCUGGUAUUUGGCAGCCAGUGGGUCAGAGCUGAGCCACUAGUUUCUGCCUCUUGGUACUACCUGAGACGUCUAUGCUGAGACUGCUUAGAAGUGGGUGUCCCUGGCUUGAAGAUGUCAUGGCCCAGAUGUGGAGGGAGGGGGGAGGUGUGUUUCAUUGUAUAUUUUGCCCUUUUUCUGCACCAGUGACUUGUCAGCAUGGACUUUCUGUGAUGAGCUUUAUCUUUUAAGAGACAUUCAAAAUAGUGCGUGCUCCUCUGGUUCAUGCUUUGCUUAGCGAAACCUGCUUGGUAUGUAGAAAAAAAGUGUCCUUAGAAAUGGACCGAAAAUUUGGAUCGGGGUCGCAUCUGCUUUACAACCUGUGGAAACACCCAGGAGUGUUGGUUUUAAAAGUAAAAGUGAAGAGGUGGUUAGUUGAUGCCCCCCCCCCCCCAAAAAAAAACCACCAGAAAAUUCUAUAAGCACUAUAAGCAAAAGUCUCACCUCUGACCUCUUAGAAUACUGAGAGUGGCUGGAGGGAGCAGACAAAACCCUGACCCUGGCCAGAUAAGGCAGGCAGGAGUUAAGUUCAGGCCAAGGUUUGGUUUAGCCUCUAUUUGACGUGUAUCAUACAUGUUAAAGCUGAGCUGGUCCCAGGAGCAGCUGACCUCACACUGUCACUGCCCCUCGUCACUGAGCCUUCUCUGGGAGGAGCCAGCCCCCAGGUGAGUGGUGUCACUUGUGAAGAGGUGUACGUGUGCAUGCCCACACCUCAGAGGCAGCGGGACCUGCUGGCACAGUGCACUGGCUGAGCUGUUAGAGCAGCUCCUUGUCAGCCAUGGCACCAGGCUGAGCCUAAAACCUCGUGGGAAAAUUGAAUGAGCCAUUGGAUGCUGGGGGCUGAGCCCGCCCGGAAGGAGAACUUGCUAUAGCAGUGCCAGAAGCAGAAUCCAGUUGUUUAUUCCUAAGGCACCAGGUAGAACUGGAAUUUGCCACCCUCCUAGUUCAGUAACUGCCUGGAUUUCUCUGAAAUGGCCACAUGCUUCACUUUACAUUUAGGAAGGACAGUGGCUCCUCGGCAGCAGGUGCUGGCUUAGCCCUAGUCCAGGAGGAUUGCAUAGCUGUCUGACUACAAAAAUCGAGUGGGUAUUAGUUCAAACAGUGCAGUGAAAUAAGCAAUGGUUUAGUUUUAAAACCUGAAUCAUUUGAAAAAUUUAUCUGAGGUAAAAUGUUUAAAAUCAUUUUUGACCUUUAGCCUGUCCUGUCAGAGCUCUGUUGUAAGGCUGGGUCAAAGCGGAUAGGCGCGGGGGCCACAGAGCUGCAUGUGGAGGAAGCUGUGCGGGAAAGCCAUAGGGAUCCAGGGCUUGUUAGUGUUUUGGGCUUCCUGAUGGACCCCCUCCCCCCCCCACCCCCGUUCCCCACGUAGAACGUCUGUCAUCAGUUGUGACAGUGUCAGUAAGAAAAAGUUUCCACUGCCAGCCUGGUCUUUACCCCCCACCCCCACGUGCCAGGGCUGGUCCUGGGGGCCCGACAGGAGCUAGGGCAUCUGCGGACAAGAACUACAUCUGUAAACAAUAAGGAGAAAGCCAGGUGGGAACUUACAGGAGGCCCUUUAACAGGCCUAAUAGAAGGGUCACAUCCAAAUUGGAAGGAGCAGUUAAUGUCCCUUCACUCUCUCUGAAAGGAAGGAAAGAAAGUACAUUCUACCAGUUCCUGUCGCUUGCUUGCUCCUUCAGGGCCCUGUGGCCUAGGAGUCCACUGCCCGUCAGAGAGGCGUGUACUGAUUGUCUAUGGCCCGCAGGUGGCUCCGGGAGGAGGAGUCCAUUUCGUAGUCUGAGUCCCGGGCACGGUUGGCAGGCUCCGACUCCAGGUGCCGCAGGCUGUUGGCCAGUUCCUCGGGCGAAGGCACCAGGUGGAAGAUCUGCUCUUGGGGGGAGGAGCGGCCUGGGAGACCCUCCGGGCCCAGCCCCCGUGGACAGCCGGAGGAGCUAAGGUGGGGAAGGCCCAGCUCUGAAUCCCAGCGAGAGAGGGAGAAGGGGAACAGGACAGUGUUGGAGGAACCUGGGGGACAAGUGACAAAGAGGCCAUGUCGGAAGGUUUGCGGCAGCAAGCUUUCCCCUCUACGUGGUUCCCUGGGCCCACCACCCCUUUAUCAAGGGGCACUGGGUUCACACCUGGUGGCUGGGAGACGACCACGACGUAGCUGGACAGCCGGACAUCGCAGGCCGAUCCACACUCGAGGGGGAUAGGCGAGCGCUGGAAGUGGUGGAGCAUGUCCAUGACCGAGGGGAAGUGAAGGUGCUGCACGCGGCACUGGCCCCGCUCGGUCAGCGACAGACGCAGGUGCUGCAUGGGGAGGAAGGGGAAUCUCAGGCAGUGGCCCCUAAGGGCCUUGAACUUGGGGGAGCAGCCCCACCUGCCUUGGCUAUACCUUGGCUAUGCCUUGGAAGUUGAACGUGAGCACAUACUCCCCACGCCGGGUCUCGCUCUGCCGUACCAGGAACACUCCAUGAGCGUCAGGGCCCUGCAGCUGAACCAGCUGAGCUGCCUUCACUCGGGAGAUAGGGCCGUGGAACCAGGGGUAGCAGGACAGGAAGUGAUCUGUCUUCUGGCAGGCUGGGUCUAGCAACCCCCCAGGAGAAGCACCUGGUUGAGAAGAUGUGUAAUGGUGACCCCCUCUGGGGCACCUCACGACCUGGGCUGAGGCUGGGUUCUGACGCACCCAGAGCACAAAGGCCCAGACACCUCACCUUGGUUCAGGGAAUCUGUGCUUCCCCUGGGAGAGCUGGCCGUGCCAGGCUCCGGAGCGGAGGGAACGUGCAGCUCCAGGUCUGUGCUCUCCAGCCUGCAGAGAAGGCGGGGUUACGGGUCUGGGAAGAGCAGGGUUGGUGUUAAAGCUGAGAUGGGAAGGGAGUCUGGUGCCUCACCCUUGGCCUGUGCACUUCCGGAGCUCAGCCAUCCACGAAUUCAGCUGCUGCUCGUCUCCCACCUCAAAGAUGAUGUCUGUCCGGUCCUUUACCUGGUGGGAGGAAGGGAGCAGCUGUGUGGGUCCGUGAGCCGUGUGUGCAUGUGUUCCCCCCCGGGUGUGGAAGCUCCGUCACUCACCUUCAGCACAAAGGUGUAGAGGUUGUCGGGCAUCUCGAGGCGUGUGCAUCGCCGGACCUCCUGGAGGCUGGAGCAGGCUGCUUGUAGCUUGGGCUUUGAGCUCUAGGAAACCCAGAGGUUACUCAGGCUUGUCCCUGAUGGCCCCUUGCCCACCCAGGCCUGUUUUUCUGCUGAGCAGACACCCCAAGUCUGGAGGAAGUUUGCGUUCUGGCUUGCAGGAGCCCGCAGAGGGUCCUCUUGUAGCCUCUGAAGCACCGUCCCCACAUCCUGAGAUCCCCAGAAAAACCUGUGUGGGCUGAGAGCCAACCCCCCUCACCUGGACGUGUGCCAUUCCAGCACAACACAUGCCUGCCUGCUGCCAUCUGCUUCUCCCCACUGGGGAGCAAAGAGCUUAUGCAGCCCAAACCCCUGAACAAGCCCAGAGAGGGGGGCAUCAGUGUCCACCCCCAUCCACCUUUCUCCUGGUGCUGCCUGGCUGCUAGGGCCCCAGGUCAUUGUGAUGCCUUCAGCCCGCCCCUUCCAUCAGCUCCCCACAAGCAUGUGUCUCCUGGGCUAGCAGCCAUCCUGGGAAGAGGAUGCUAUAUUACCACAUAGUCCAGAAGAAGCGCAAAUCUUGGAGGUGAAGCCCGAGGAAGGAAAAGAUCAGACUUUGAACGCUAGAACCUCAAAUUUCCCAAACCUCACUAAUCUAUCCUGCCCUCAAGUCUCAGGACAAGGUGGGUGGGUUUGGCUGGAGGGUGGAGGUUGGCAGAGUAGCUUAGCCUCAGGCUUUUGGGGCUUCUGCCAAUGAGCCUGAAGGGGCAAAGCCUGGCACAGCUGCUCUGUUACAGCCAGCCGAAACCCUCACAAAACAAUGGGGCCAGGGGUCUCCAUGACACCCAUAGCACACAUGGUUGAGUAGGUGGAAACUGUCCCAGAGCCCUAUGCCAGCAAGAGCCCUUUCUUUCCAGGUCCUGAGUGAGCCUGGCUGGAGCAGGAGGCUCCGGGGCACCCUAGAACCCUACACUGCCCCCCAUCGCCUCCAUUUCCUCUGGUGACAAGCCCGAUAAGCUUGUUUCUUCAGGGUCAUGAGAUGUCGCUGGCUGCUUCCAGCAGAGACCAAAGUAGAUAAGAUGGUGGAAAGAGCCCGAGAUGGGUUGGGGAAGCCCCCCUGCCUCCAGCAGCUCUUUUCCCUGGGCCAGGAGGAAAGCCAAGUGCACGUGGGGAACAGCAUAGCCCCUAACACAUUGCAUAGGGUGGGGGUGGGGGUGGAAACAAGAGGUGGGCUUUGGGGGAUCCGACCUCUACCUCUGCCCAGAGGCUGCCUUUUUUCCAGAACUGACCCCCAAAGCCCUGCGCUUCCCCAUGCUGUAGGCGCGCAGGAGCGGGGCACCUCUGACCCCGGGCUGCUGCCUGCCUGCAAACCCCUCCCACACGGAGGCGAGCGGGCAGACUGGCAAGUGAGGGUUGGCCAAACAGAGGCUCUUCCCAGUCCAGGCCCCUCCCAGCAGGUCCCAGUCCUGCCCUGGCUGCUGGACACAGCAUCUGGAGACAGUAACAGCAGCUCUAGGAACCACUCACUUUGUCUAACAUCACAAGUUGAGGGAACAGAGCCCGGAGGGGUGGCACAGCUAGUAAAUCCCAGCCCCAGUGUUUUCACCUUUCCAGUCUCUCUUCCCCAUCCCUUCCUUGUAACCCAGUUUCUCAGCCUGGGAGUCAGGUGUGGGGCCUGUGCACCCCUGGCAGCGUUCACAGCCAGCCAGUCUCGGAGCCUGUUUCCUGUCUACAGAAGGGUAAGGGACGGAGGGCUCGUUCCUUCCUUCUGCUUCUGCAGUUGGUCCUGCCUACCCCCACCCCCUCCGCUGGCUCCAGCCUCAGGAUCCCUGAGAGGAAGUAGGCCAGGCCAAGAGGGGAACAGGCCGAGUCUCCCUUUCAGUUCCACUCCAGGCCUGGCCCCAGUCCCAGCCUAGGGAGUGUAGAGAUUAAUCAGCAAAGCCACUGGUUUCACUCUGAGUGUGGGGCCUCCAUGCCAGCUCCACCCCCGCAGCUGAGGAACUGCUGACCUGGCGGCUGUGGUGGGAAGAGGAUUCCCCCUCGGCACCUGAGGGCCCUGGCCCACAAGUGAUGUGGAACUCGUCCUGGCCACUUACCUUCCUGAGGCUGAGCAUGACGGCUUCCUCCCGUCUCCCCGGUAAGAACUGGGCUCUGAAGCAGGGGCACUAACUACGUGCUGCCUGAGCGUGGGCAAUGCCAGAGGCUCUGCCCAGAUUGGAGGUGGGAGAGCAUGAGGACAGGACAGCCCCACCUGGACUGGGCUAGACAGGACUCGGGAGCACCAGGUGCCUUUCUGGUUGAGCGCACAGAACUGUGAUGGUGAGAAGCGAACCCAAACAGCACCACAGGGACAUCUGGGGGCAUCAGGUCCCCUGCUCUCAUGCCCUCUAGCCCACCUGUCAUACUGAGCAAGCUGGGCCAGCAAGCAGCUGCUCUCUGGACCCACCUGAGUCACAGCUGUGCUUAGGUGGUCAAAACGGCAAAGCCACUCCAGGUAUUUGUGCUAUAACCAAUCGCCUCACCCACCACCUCCUGCAGCGUCCACUCCUGGGAGCAAGUCUUCUCAGUUCCCGGUAUCCAAAAAGCUGGCUUCUUUGUUAUGGCCAUUGGGACGCCCGUGGGAAUAACCCAUUUUUUCUGUGCUCUGGCUGCUAGGAAGCAAAGAUGCAAACCAGCUCUGCCACUACCCUCACAGUAGGGCCUGCCCUCUACAGCUCCCCUUGCUUUAUAAUCCCUCCAGGCUCUAAGGUCAGUCCUGACCCUCUGCUUGUAUAGCCCUGGAGAAGGGCUCAGCCCUCCUGCCUGUGUGUCUUCGUCUUUAAUAGCCCCUUUCUUCACAGGGUUAGUGUGGUGGCCGGCUGGGGCCUGAGGCCAGCCAGGUGGGUCCACUACAGCGGCAGAGGACUAGGUUACAGACCACCCUCAGCAUGCAGCUCCCUCUCCACCUGCCAGAGUGUGGUACCAUGCUCCUUUCCACCCUGCAGUGAAAUUCACACCUCCGAUUACCUACAUGCCUGAGACCAUCUACAUUAAAGUAAAAUGUAUUUC